AUGCAAAAUUACGAGAAAAAUACAGAAAGAAAAAAGAAUGACGUGAAUAUAAUUACGAAUACAGUGGCAGAGAUAGUUGGAGAUAAUGGCUCAGAUGAUGACGUCAUAGAAGUAGUAAGAGACGAAGCUCCUAUAGAAAUACUAUCAGAUGGAGAAGAAAUGGAGAUCCAAAAAUCAAAACACAUUGACGUAUUCACACAUACAUACAAAGAGUUCAAUUUGACCCAACAAGCAACAGACACUGGCAGCGAGGAUAAAUUAUACCGUCAAGAAGAAACAUAUAAAAAAAGUUGUAUUGCUGUCGAAAAUAGUCUACAUGCUUAUCUUGAUACAGUUAUAGAACUGCCUGUAUGUACGACAUCAAAUGAAGAUGCUUCUAAAACUGAUGAUAAAUCAAAUCACGACAGCAGUGGAGAAAACUGCUUCGUUAACGUCACCGAUGUUGUCAACAGUUCUGACAAUGAAGCGGAGAAAUUAAAACAGACUGUUAAAGAAGAACUGGAAUUAAAACAGGCGUCUGGAUUCAGUAUAGAUAUUGCAGUCAAAGAAGUAUUAGAUCCUGUUGCUAACCUAGCUAAUGACGUCGGAGCGAGAUUCGCUCUCAUGAAUGGCAGAAGGGUCCUAUUAAUAGGAGAGUAUCGUUUUAUGAGACAUUAUGAAGGUGUCGAGGUGAUUCACGGUGGUGGAUAUCCAAAACUGAUGUAUUGUGGGUUCCUGUAUAGACCUCAUAACGCGUACAGACAAAGGAGAUUGCAGCUGUGGUACUGCAAGUAUAGGAACACGAGACAAUGUCGUGCUAUCAUAAGGACGAUGGAUGCGUUGGUCGGUACGGGCGUGGAUUGCUUCGCGUCAUACUGUCUUAGCAAGCAAGGGAAGAUGGGGAUAACAUUAGGAGGUUACAGGUUCAGAUUUAAUGGCUGCGCCAGAAAUGGUAAGAUCCGUUGGCGCUGUUCCAGAGGUCCGUGGUGCAAGGCAGCCCUCCACACAUACAGAGGCAGAAUCGUAUACAUACAAAGCACUCAUAACUGUGGCCCAAAACCUCCAACUUAG